AACCAGGUCGGCCUUGGAAGACCUACAAAGAAGAUCACCUUUGUCACCAGUGGAUUGGUCAACAACCUCAACUCCUAUGGAGUAGACAUCGUGUCCAUGUGCAGCGGACUCACCACCUACAUGACCCAUGAAGUUCAGAGGAGCAUCAGCUCUGCAGUCAGGAUGAAGCUCCCUAUUUUGACUGCAGUCCUUCUUGGACUCGUCCUGACUCCAGCCCUUGGUGAAUAUGCUCAGAAGGUGGAAGUAAGCAAGAAAAUAUCCACAGCUGGAGGCUACCAAAUUAUGACCAUGAAUAGAUAUUGGCUGGUGGCAAGUGUUGAGCAAAGGACCCACCAUGGGUCAUGGAAAACCCUCUGGAACUACGACACGGGCUUUAUGGCAACCAAGGUGCUGCCAGAGAAAGCCUGCUACAUUUCCAUCAUGAACAGGACCGAGAUGCCCAGCUUUGAUGCACUUCCCCAGCUGGCUGCAGAGAGCAGGAAACAGAACCGUCCAAGACCACCUGCAAAGGAGAUUCUAUUCACCCUCAUCAAGAGGAAUGUCCGGGACCUCGAGUCUUAUGGACCAGACACCUUCUCCAUGUGCAGAGGACUCACAACUUACGUGGCCUAUGAAGUUCAUGGACCACCACUCAGCCUCAGAUCAUGCAUUAGGCUUGAUGCCCUUCAGUACUUGGCCCUUACCUACUGUCACGACAAUAAUUAUGCCUGA